AUGGAUCAGCCGGUGCCUUCGGCGAAGAAACGGAAAGAGGACACGGUGGCCGCGCCCCCCUCGGCGGAGAAAGGAGGUGGCAGCACUCGCACCUCCCCAGCCCGGUCGCCCUCGCGAGGCCAAGGGAGACAUCAUCGGGAGGAGUCAGCCCCCGUGGCCCCGCUGGCUCCGGAAGUGCCGACACCUGGCUCGACUGAUGAGAUCCCAAAGACUCUGGAGCCCUUGAUCUCCCAUGCCCAGGUAACAACGUCGCCCGCUCCUUCUGCCGCGCUCCUGGCCCCAGGUUCUUCUGCUUCCUCCACCACCCUGGAGCGCGUUCUUUCAGAGAUGGCUCAGCUGCGGGAAGAUCUUAUGGGCGCGGACCUGCGCCUGGUAGCCGGGCGCCUGGAACUGGCCUCCGGCUGGCUUCACUCUGAUUCGGCGGUCCGAGCGACGCUGAGCCAGGCCGCGGCGUCCUCCGAGAAGGAGAAGCAGAGCACCGUCAAAGCCGCGGCUGAUCGCGACGCGGCACUGGAGGACGCCGAGGCCGCUCGCGGUCGCUGCCAAGAGCUGGAGGACGAGCUGAAACAUCUGCGCAACCAACACGCGGAAGAAGUACGCUGCCGCCAGGUGAAGGAGGAGGAGAUGAGGGCCCGGGAGGACGCCAUCAAGAACCGUGAUGCCGAGUUUGAGGAGCUGGAGAAGGCGCAGGCUGCUGAGCCUACCGCCGCAGCCGUGCAAGGUCAAGUGGAGGCCUUGCUGAAGAAGUUCCGCGGCUUUGCUUUCGCGCCCUUGACCGGGGGCGACACUACCACGGGAGGAGUGCCGUCCUCGGGCAUCGAUGGUGUUCAGGGGUGA